AGAGACGAAGAAACGAUAACGCCGAUAAGCAGUCAAUAUAAGAACUCGUUCGCGUCCACGCACCCAUGAUAUUGAUAUCCAGCUCGAGAGGUCGACGGAGCCCUUCCUCCCCUUCACACGACCAACCUUCUACCCCUCUACCGGCUCUUCUCCCGGAGUCGUUACCCAGCUCACAUUUUUUUCUUCGGCUUUCAGCAUCGAUACACGGAGCCAGAACCGAGUGGACCGAAAGCGGCGCGGCGUGCUGUUGCUCGAGGUUGGGACCACCGAACGCAAGCCAGACGUCACCUCCGUACUACUUGGUUACCGCACGAGCAUACUCUAAAUGCCCGCUCAUUCAAGCCUAGAUGGGCCGUCACCUUCAUCGUCCCUGCUACAGUCACCGUUACCACGGCCCGAGGACCAGAAGGAGAACUCCGCCGGCGAAUACUAUACGACGGCGUCCCACACCUUCAAAGAAUACUACUCCCUUCAUCAUCAAGAGCCACGCCACCAAGAGAACAUGGACCCCUUGCAAGGGAUCUAUCAUGGAGACCGCCCCUUCACACCGUACGACCUCGUCCCCAAUCCCGAGCGGACCUACACCUCGACGCCGACAUCGGGUGCCUCGCAUUCGCGCCCCAUUUUGCGUAGGAAACCUGGAGAGAGGCGCCUGAACGGAAUCGCUCGCAACGGUGAAGGUCAGGUGAGCCCUACCCCUAGCGGCUGUCUCACGGCCUGCAGUGGUGGUGGUGGUGGAGGUGGUGGGGAUUCGUCGGGGUCCGGUGGUACAGCAGGCAAAGAAAGAGCUUCGCUCGGCGGCGGUGGUCAACAGCCUUCGGAUACCGGCGACAAAUCCUCGAGGUCCGGAAAUAACAGAGGGAAGGAAGAAAGCUCCAGGGAUAAGAGCAACGAUGGCAGCAGUGGCAACAAUAGGGCCAAGCCAGGCCUAUCCGCCCCGACGUUCAAAUGCCCCGUCGCUUGCAAGGCUAGAGAAAGCGACAAUGUGCCGAAAGAGUGCAGGGAGACCUUCGACACCGAACAGGACGCCAUUGACCACUGCGAGCAACUGCAUUACUUGUGCCCCAUCUGCAAACAUGCUCCACCGGUACAGCGCGACCGCAAACAUUCCACGCUCAAGACCAGACCGAUAAUAUGGAGGCACUACUAUUUCGCAGACACGAUGGGCCUAAAGUGAGCCCACAGUCCCAAGCAAUAUCAUCAUCGUGUGGAUCUAACCCCCGGUAUCACCUCAAGAUCCCACAUCUGCGACACCCAUCUCAAGUGUCUCCCCUGCCAGUUUGGAUGCGGCGAUAAGUUUUUCCACGAUCGUUG